CGGUCAGUCAGUGGCUUUGUGACUCCGUUGCGAAAAGGAGGAGCUGCGAAUAGCGAAAAAUUCAGCAGCGAUUUUCGACAUCGCGACGGGCGCUUAGGUCUUCUGACCGAAAAAUUCAAACUGUGCUCAUGCCAUCGAUCGUGAAAACCAACCUCAAUUCUGCUCGUGCCGGCACAUUUUAAUAUUGUGUCUCGGUUCCAAAGUCCUUUUUUUUUGUUUAGAUUUUUUGUUGUUAUUUUUUUCUUUUGUUUUUUUUGUUAUUUUAUUUUGAUUUUUUUUUAAUUUCCCUAUAUAAGUGAAAAACGGCGUGCAUUUUUAGUUAUAGUUAUUUCCUGUGCUCUGUCUUCCUUUCUAAAAAAUUGAAAAUUUUGGAAAAUAGCGAGAAAAUCCUCUUGGCUUGAUUAAAAAAGAGGAAAAGCGGAGCUUAAACCUGGGAAAAGGAAGGGUCUUGGGAGAUCAUGAUCCUCAGGACGGCGGCAACGGCGCUGCAUAGAGCUCUGCUCCUCUCAGCAUGGUGGUGGUGCAUCCACAACGCCGGCGCGGAGACUGUUGACCCAGAGCUUGGGGAGACCGAAGAACUGGGCCUCACCAGGGAAUUCCUAGAGACGUCCCGGAUCUUAAAUUUAAUCCCUUCCCUCCCUAUCAGCGUCCCGGACUCCAAGGACGCGCAAUGUCGCAGCGAGAGUCUACUCCUUGAAACACAUCUCAGUAACAAAACGCUGUGGGCCUUUCAAAUGUGGGAUGCCAGUGAAAAACAUGGAGUGGGUUUAUCAUCUGGCAACCGUUAUCAGUUGGGGGAUUUUGACGAAUGCGUGGCUGUGACCAAGCCGAUCGUGGCGCAAUACUGUUUAGUUGAGAUUUUCCUUAAAGUACCACAAGAAUACAACACGGAAGACCCAUUUGCACGGAGCUACGAUCCCUUCAUCUCAACAUGGAGCAAACUUUAUUACGGCGGGGCUCCGAUCAAGCAGAAGCUGAACGAGAUCCGGUGGGCGCUGUGUUUGCCGGCCUCUUGUUCCGCCGACGACGUGAGCAAACACCUCAACGAGUUCUUGCGCCUCAACAACCGGACCGAACUCACCGUCUCGGUCAGCCCCCGGCUCUGCACCACCCUCGACCGACCCGCCGACAAAAUCCAAGUCGAGGAUAUCGUCUUCCUGUCACUUGCAGUGUUUCUGGUCAUUUUGGCAAUCGUCGGAACAGCAUUAGACUUCGUUGUCUUCAGGGAUAUUGAAAAUUGGGAUUGGAAUAUCGAGAGCCGUCUGACGAACUGCAUAAUGUGUUUCUCGAUGCGACGGGCGCUGCAAAGUCUAACUUCCCGAGGGAGUGUCAUCAAGGGCCUGGACUUCGCGCCACUGAACGGAAUGACAGCCAUGUCCAUGCUUCUCAUCAUCAUCGGCCACCGCUGGAGUUUCCGUCUUCCGGGCCCGCUUCAGAACUACGAAGAGAACGAAUCCGUGUACUAUGAGUAUUUGAUAUCGAUCUUUACGUCACACGUAGACUUGCUGGUCGAUACUUUUUUCACCGUCAGCGGACUUCUGAUGGUUUACAUCAUUAUGGAUCGGCUGAGUUCUCAGAGCAUCAGUUUCUGGAAGAUCGUUUUCUUCAGAUACAUUAGGUUGACUCCAGUUUACGCGGCUGUGAUCUUCUUCGCUGCAACUUGGUGGUACAAGUUGGGUAGCGGGCCCAUGUGGGAGUCUCUGGUGGGCCUCGACCGAACAAACUGCCGGGCCCAUUGGUGGGUCAACCUCCUUUACUUGAAUAAUUACAUCCAUCCCAACGACAGCUGCGGUUUCCACACGUGGUUCAUGCCGUGCGAGUUCCAUUUCUCAACGGCCAUCAUUCCGGUGAUCUUCCUGCUCAAGCGACGGCCCAAACGCGGCAUCGUCCUUCUUCUAAUCGCCCUUUGCGCCUCCAUCGUCAUUCCCUUCUGCAUCACCUACAUCGGCAAUAAACCGCCAAACCUCCAGUUCAACUUCAAGUUCUCACUCAAUCCUGCUGAAGACGAAUACUACCAGAGCCUUUACACGAAAUCUCAUACUCGCGCUGGACCAUACAUAGUAGGUGCGCUACUUGGAUACGUGCUGUACAAACAUGACUCCAAAAAGUUAUCCCUAAAAUCAACCUGGCUACAUGGGUUGUUCGGUGGAGUGGUGAUGAUGGUUGCCUGGUUCACAGGGGCUAUUUACUACGAUCCUACGUACAAGUAUAGCGUUCUUGAGUCGGCACUCUACGGCUCCUCUGUGAGGACGAUAUGGGGCAUCGGACUCUCUAUUCUCAUUUACUCCCUCGUGGUCGGCACUCACACGAUUGUUCACUCGAUUUUAUCCUGGAAGCCAUUUACGUUACUCUCCGGAUUGGCGUUCAAUGCAUACUUGGUCAAUUGCAUCUUCCCAGUUUCGUCCACUGCCAGUCGCAGAGCUGGCGACCACUUUUCGGUUAUGAAUUUCCUUACAGAAGCGACAGCAGAUGUUGUGUUCAGUUUAUCGUGCGGAUUUGUGCUUUACCUGCUUGUUGAGCGACCAUUCAGGCUACUCUUCACUUUGCUCUUAUCAAAUGUACAAAGGAAAGAAGAGGAAAAAUUAUCAACGGAAAACAAACAAGAAGGAUCAAUCCACAAAUUUUAAGUAUCACCUUAGGUGAAAUUAGGAUGGGUGCUUUCAUAGUGCCUGCUGGAAAAGACUGAUAGUUUUAUUGUGAAGUAAUUAAUUUAUCUUGACGAACAGUAAAAUGUAAUACAUUUUUGGAGUUUAGAUACUUGGUUGUAUCUCUAAGUCCUUAAAUAGUGCGAAAAAUUUGGACCAAGUCUCAAAAGGUCAUUUUGAGAGAAGGUCCAGGUUUCUCUUCUCCUAAUUCUUUGAAUUUAAAAUGAUGAUAAAUGCUCUAUGCAUUUUUCAACUUGAUUUUAAAUUAGUAAAAGAUUUAGUAAAACUGCAAUAAGGAAUGAAAUAACUUAUUAUUAAUGUGAAAUGAAAAGAUAACAACGUCGCUCCUCUGGUGUUAGGGCAAAACUGCUUUUGGAGAUUAGCCUUAUUAUCCAUUCUCCAUGCUUUACAGUGCUUAAGUAAAAGUGGAAAUAUGCUCUUACAUCAGAGAAGCGAUGAUAUAAUAAGAACAGUUGCACUGCCUAUUGAAAGAGGGA